AUGGAUAAAGGUAAGAAGAAAGUGAUUCUGUCAGAAAUGACAGAAGAGGAAAAAGUAGCCGCGGAAGCUAGGCAAAGGAGUUUCGAAAGGAGUUUUGCUGGUCCUAGUGUCGGUAAAGCUGGGCUAACGAGGGAUCAGACUGAGAUCAAUAAGAUCAUAGCUGAAUCAUCAAAAGGCUUAUCAAACAUCGCCUAUAGAUACUACAACAAUCAAGUGAGGAAAGACGCAGAACUUACAGAAAAGAUAGAAUGGUAUAGGGCAAAGAGAGACGAGCUUAUGAAGAUGGCCAAUGUAGAAAGGCUAGAAACGGAAGCUGAACGAAUCCUGGUGGAAGUCGAAUCGACAAGAGAUUUGUCUCAAGUUAUAGUCCACGUAGAUAUGGAUGCUUUUUACGCAUCGGUAGAGGUACAGCGAGAUCCUUCAUUGAAAGGCAAAGCGUUCGGCGUAGGACAGGGUGUAUUGACUACCGCUUCUUACGAGGCAAGGACUUAUGGUUGUCGCUCUGGUAUGGCUGGUUUCAUAGCCAAGAAAUUAUGUCCGCAUAUAAUCUUAACCUCAAUGCAUUUUGACCUUUAUAUUGCCGCUUCGAAAGCUGUACGAGCAGUUCUGAUUCAGUACGACGAAAAUCUCAUGAUGGCGAGUCUCGACGAAGGUUACCUCAAUAUUACACCAUACAUGACAACACACAACAUGACAGCUUCAGAAGUGAUAACCCAGUUACGAGCAGAAGUGGAAACCAAAACUCAACUCACGAUAUCGGCAGGUAUAGCACCGAAUAGGAUGUUAGCGAAAAUCUGUUCAGAUAAGAACAAACCAAAUGGUCAAUAUGAGAUGGAGUUUGACAGGACCGUGAUCACUAAAUUCAUGAGAGAUCUACCUGUCAGGAAAAUACCUGGAUUUGGAAGAGUUACGGAAAGGUGUUUGGAAGGUCUAGGCGUGGAGACUUGCGGCGACAUAUAUUCACAUAGAGCAGAAUUACUAGUCAUGGACCAUUGGUUUGGGUUUCGCGGCUUGUGCAAAGCAUACCUUGGUAUAGCUGAUAAUUCCGUCGCUCCAGGUAAAAGAGAAGAACGGAAGAGUGUUGGAGUUGAGAGGACUUUUCGCGAGAAGAUGGAUGAUGAAGAUAUCCUCAAUGAACUUGCUAGUAUAUCCGAAGAGCUGGAGAAGGAUUUGGAGAGACUGCAGUACGCAGGAAAGACCGUUACAGUGAAAUACAAACUCCAUACAUUUGAGAACAAGACAAGAGCCAAGUCUGUCCCAAAGUACAUCAAUACUAGCAAAGAUAUCCUACCGAUCGCUCUUGAACUGAUGAGACGAGAGCUGCCUGUCCGAAUACGAUUACUAGGCUUGAGAUUAUCGACCCUCAAAGAUCUCACGGUAUUCGAUAAGGGUAUCAAGGGUUUCUUCACUUCACCAAGUAAAAAACGACCGAGAGACACCGAGAGUGAAGCUGGACCCUCACGUCAAGCUACGCCUACAUCCGAAUUGAUGAGAAUGGAAGAGGAAGAUAAAGCCACGAUGAUAGAUAUGACUGAUCUCGACGAUGAUAUGGAUUCUCCCGCAAUCAGUGAAUCGGAAGAUUCUUCCAUCACCAAUACAACUGGAAAAAGGAAAAGUCUAUCAACCAAUACACAUUUGCUGGGGCCUAUUUGUCCUAUCUGCAAUAAAGCUUUAGGUCCUUCAACGUCAAAUCAAGGACUGAAUGAUCAUAUAGAUUGGUGUUUGAAUAAAGAUGCGAUACAAGAAGCGAGUAAGAAAACUCCGAAAAAGAUGAAAAUAGAAAAGAAAGGUAUAGGUGAUGAUACCAUUUCGAGGACUGUUGAAAGUAAGAAGAAAGGAGGCGGGAAUGGGACGAAAGGCACGAUGUUGAAUUGGUUGAAGAAGACCUGA